AUGUUCAAGUCGCUCCUUCCAUUUGUCCUCGCCGCGCUCGUCCUCGAGAGCGCCGCACGGCCAGUCCACCUGCCGUCGGACGUGCCUACGGGGAUGAUUCCUCGCUCGUCGAACAACAUUUCUACGCCUCUGGAUGCUGCCAAAGGACACGCACCUCUUCCAAUUGCUCCUCGCAAGGCCACGAGCCACGGUGCAGCUCCAGCGCCACAGGCUCCUCUCGCUCUUGUGCCUCGUCAAGAUGAAGAGGAGGAUCAAGCAGAGUCGACGGCCAGACGCCACUCUCACCGCAAGCCUAGGCCAUCCAAAGAUAGCAAGCCCCUCGAGGGUUCGAUCCAUCUCGGACCACGCGUAGAGUCCAACAAUACGACGCUCCCCGCUCACGUCCCGCGUUCUCAAAACUCGACGAUGCCCAUCAAGCUCCCUCGCUCGACGAAUUCGACGACCACGCCGACGACACUUCCCCUUCACGUCCCCCGCGACCACAACUCGACGCUCCCUGUUGUCAACUCUCGUGCUGAGCACAACUCGACGAUGCCCAUUCACGUCCCACGUUCGUCGACGCACUCGCCCGCAGAGGCCAUCCUCCAUGACGCACCGCACCAUCCCCGUCCGCGCACAACAGUCGAGAUGCAUGUCCCAGCAGAAAAACUCGCCCACGUCGUCCCAGGUCAUCAUCGUAGAGACAAGCAAGAACAUGUCGACGACGACGAGGAGCACGACGAGGCGCCUGCCACCCCCAUCCUCGUCCCCCGCCACUCGACGGGUGUCGAGGCUGCGGACAAGAUUAUCCAUUCUUCUGCCCACAUGCUUCGUCAGGAGCUGGACGAGGCUCGAUACGAGUGUUAG